AUGGAGGGGGAAUUGAAGUGCCCCAUGUGCUUACAGUUCUAUUGUAAUCCACUUCUGUUGCCGUGUUCUCAUUCUAUAUGUGCCGUGUGUGCUUCAAAAUGUCAGGAGCCAUCGCAAACUUUUUUAUCACAAUUGGAAGGAGGUGUGUGUUCAGCUACUCCCGGGGAAGGUGAUCUGAAAGAUUUUCCUGACAUCGAUAAAAUCAGUAUUUUAAGUGAAACAGAUAGUGGUGUCGUGUGUAACAGUCGGCCAAGUAGUUAUAUAGGAACACCUAGUAUUGCUAAUAUUUACCAAUCUGUGCAAUUCAGCCAAAAUCCGUAUGGAAUUAAAUGCCCUGUGUGCAAGAAAAUUAUUUUGCUGGAUGAAAAUGGGUACAAAUCCUUGCCGUGCAACAAAGUUUUAGAAUCCAUUGUUGAGAAGUUUAGUCAUGGCAAACAGCACAAACCCCUAACUUUGUAUGUGAACUGUCAAAUGUGUGAUCACAAUGAGGCUAAAGAAGCUGUUGUUAUGUGUGAACAGUGUAAUGUCUUCUACUGUCAAAGCUGUAAGGAAAGUUGUCACCCGGACAGGGGCCCGCUUGCCCAGCACAAUCUCUUGGACCCGAUUCAGGGGAGAGCCCUACAGAGGGCACGCAAUAAGGGGAGAGAACUCUGCUGUCUGGAGCAUGAAGAGGAACAACUCAACAUGUUCUGCAUUACGUGCAGCAUGCCUGUAUGCUGCACUUGUCAGCAUGAAGGAGGACACAGCCAGCAUGAUGUUCAAGCCAUCGGUGCAAUGUGUAAAACACAAAAGGUUGGGAACUCGGAAGAUAAUGAGCAUUUGGAACUUUCCCAGAUUCUUCAGUCUCUAUCCGAGAAGGCCAAAGUUGGAACAGAGUUCAUCCAGAGUUUAAAGUCCAUGACGGACAAAGUCCAUGGAAACUGUACAGACUUUGAGGCUACAGUGGCAGCCCAGUGUGAUGCUCUGAUAGAAGCCAUCAAGAAGAGGAAGCAAGAACUGUUAGUCCACGUGGCAGAGGAACGGGACCUCAAAAUCAGCAUGCUGAAGGAGCAGGCCUCCCAGUGUACAGCAUUGCUGCAGCGCACGACCGGACUGCUGCACUUUUCUAUUGAGGUCUUGAAAGAAAGCGACCCUGCCUCAUUUCUUCAGGUAUCUAGCAGCCUAAUUAGUCGGGUGUCCACCGCCGACCAGAACUUCAACAAGGACAUGGAGCUGACCCCGCGCAUCGCCACAGAGUUUGACCUGACCCUGGACAGCAGCCCCGCCCUUCACGCCAUUCAAACCAUGAACUUUUUUCAACUGAAAGGUACAGCUGCCGUGCUCUCAAAGUUUUCUAAUCUUUUGUGGCGAUGGCGGUCUGAUCUCGCUCACUAUGAAACUCCUGGUAAGCCCAGUAUUGUACCAGAAGACUGCAGUGCUGAGAACAACAGUGUGACCAUUGCAUGGCAGCCUCACAUGGGGAAGGUGGUGGAGAGCUACAGUCUGGAGUUGGAUGAUGGAUGUGGGGGAGAUUUCAGGGUUGUGUAUGUGGGAAGUGAAACAAUAUGUACUGUAGAUGGCCUUCACUUUAACAGUACAUACUUUGCAAGGGUCAAGGCCACUAACAACUCUGGGGACAGUGACUACAGCGACCCGAUCAGUCUCCAGACAGCUGAAGUGGCUUGGUUUAGUUUGGACCCUUUUUCUGCCCAUCCCGACAUUCUAUUCUCCAAUGACAACCAGACGGCCACAUGUAACAGCUAUGAACACCGCAUUCUAUUGGGAGGGGUGGGGUUUUCCAAGGGAGUUCACUACUGGGAAGUGGUCAUCGAUCGCUAUGACAGCCACUCUGAUCCUGCCAUUGGAAUUGCCAGAUUUGAUGUAGACAAAUGCCAAAUGCUAGGUAAGGAUGAGAAAGGAUGGAGCAUGUACAUAGAUGACAAGAGAAGCUGGUUCAUGCAUAACAAUGAUCAUUCAGAGAGGACGGAGGGGGGGAUCAAGCGGGGGAGUGUGGUGGGUCUACUUCUGGACCUGGACAGACACAGACUCUCCUACUUUGUGGACGGAUUUCCUCACGGACCAAUCGCAUUCAAGAACCUUCACGGUGUGUUUUUCCCUGCCCUCAGCAUUAAUCGAAACAUUCAAGUAUCCCUCCGGACAGGCUUAGAGCCCCCAUCGGAGAGUGAUUCGGAGGAGGAGAAUUGAGGGUGCUGUGUGUUCAACCAUCCAGAAUUCUGCCAUAUUGUUUGUGCAAUAAUAUGCCAAUUUUAAAGGAGCUUUUAGUCUCGAGAGAUAUUUUUCUAGUCAGUUUCUGUACAUACUUGGCUGUUAGGUUUAAUUUGUAAAACAUCAAGAAUAUUAUGUCUUUUUACAUAUACUUUUUUUUAUAUCCAAACAGUUUUAAGUUUUCACUCAUUAUUUUUUAGAUAAACUUUUUGUCUCCAAUUUUCAAUUAAAGUACAUAUUGUAAAAAUAUGGUAGCAACGAAUCAUUCAUUGUGAUCUUUCAGCUAACCAUUAUAUUUACAGUCAACAUAAGUUUUGUGUAUCUGAAAAUCAACUGUCCUCAUAUCAAACAUCUUAUGAUGGAUCACUAAAAGAUUAUUACCUUUGCUCUACCAUCUCCCUGCUGUUAGCGUUCACUUGCGCGACACAAGAUUUCCAUCUUGUAUUGUAACGUAAUAGCUUCAUAUUAAACUGUACAGCCCGAUAUGUGAUGUUCAUGUGUAUACAGCCAGUGUAUUUAUGUCUCUCUCUUAAACAAUCUAUGUUAUUUAUAAGCUGGUUUUGUUUCUGGAGUUUUUAAUUUUAUUUUUUAUCAGUAUUGUUUUAGCUUCAAUGAUCGCUUAGUUAAUUACUAGAAUUUGAUGAAGUAAUAAAGAUUCAAUGGUGAUUUUCAGAGCAUGUAAAUUAAUGCCUACCUUUACAGUGGAAUACGAAUGCAGACAAAGUCUUUAAGUAUUUAGUACAUGUAGAUAUUGCUAAAUAAUUACAAAAAUAUGAGAGGUUAUGAAUAAGACAUAUAUGAACUUGUAUGAAUGUAAAUACAUUUAUAAUGAUUUAAGAAAAAUUAUGAACUUGCCAUAUGGUAAAAUUAAUGGAGGUGCACAAAGAAGCUCUGGUACACGUAUGUUUGUUUUAUGUACGUGGAAAAAAAUGAAGUCAGUAAGAGUUCUUCAGGUUUCAUGAUGUACAUAGAUUUGUUAUGUAAAGCUUCUGUGGUUGUGUUAAUGCAUUGAGCUUGAUCUGUGCUUUAUUUCUGUAAGUGCUACAUUGGAUGAAAAGCUUGUGACAGUGUUGACAAUCUAUAUAAGGCCAAAGUGUUAUUCUUUGUUUUAUGUCAUAAUUAUUUCGAUAAAAGAAAUGGAUUUUGCUAAAGCUUUAUCACUUAUAAAACAAAUAAUUCAUGAAAUAUCUGACAUGCAUAUCAAAAUCCUUGAAAUCUGUAUAUAUGAUACUUUGUAUCAGGAAGCGUGCAUAUCAACGUUUUUAUCUACAUGAUUAGGUUUUGGGAUUAUUUUCAAUUUAUUUGUGAUGUAAAACAAAGAAUAAGAUAGUUUUGGCUGGAUGUGGUGCAAUUUCUACUCAGGUUUCUCCACUGUUGUUGCCAUUUAUAUAGUCACCAAAAAAUAUCCCACAGACCAGCUGCAGGUGUUUCAGAUACCUGUGUACUACUAUGUGUGUUUAUACACACAACAGUAUACUUAUUAGAAUCAUGAUGCUUAUGCCUGAUUGUUCAAACUGUUCCCAAGUCAUCUUAGCAAAGUAUACCAUGCUUCUUUCUUUAACUCAUUUCUCAGAUCUGUUUUGAAUUAUUGUGAUACUUUUAACAUUGAAGAAACCAAUAUAUGAUAUUUGUGGUUUAUAUUAUUUCUACACAAGGAUCAAUUUUCUUUUGCAAUUUUUAUUUAUUAUUUUAUUUGAGUGAUUCUAUUUUAUUAUGUGUCCUAAUCAGUUUUUUUUUAAAGAAAAAUGAUUCAAGUUUAAAAAAGAAAAUGUUUUAGAUUAUUUAAUUACUGAAUUCAUUGGAAUAUAGAAAGUUUUUUUUUAGAUUUUAAUUUAUUGAUACUUUACAUGUACAUGUAUUAGCCUAAUAUUCAAUUUAUCGCUGAUUCUCAACAUAGGAAAGUGAAAAAUUCAAGAGCUUUGUUAUGAAUCUACAUGUAUUUGUUUUUGUUCUGAAAUGUUAAUUAAAUUCAGAAAUACAAAUUUUGUUUUUGUAUGACUAAACUGCUGUUUUAUUUUUGGGGGGAAAUGAAUAAAUUGUAGAAAGAA